CGCGGGCAUCGGGAAAACGCAGGAUAAAACUGAAACGCGGCGUGUUGUUAUUAGCCUCAUAAAGAUAUACGAUACAAAGCCUGCCAGUGUUAAAUGUAUGCGUACAACUAACUGGUAACAGCAGUCCCCACGUUAAUGACUCCAAAGUAACCUGCUAAAAAAUGUUCGGUUCUUCAAGAUCUGGAGGGGUCCGAGGAGGCCAGGACCAGUUCAACUGGGACGACGUGAAAGUCGAUAAACACAGAGAGAAUUAUCUCGGGAAUUCUCUGAUGGCACCAGUAGGGCGAUGGCAAAAAGGCAAGGAUCUGUCAUGGUACUCCAGAGAUAAGAAAAGUGGUGCACCUUUGACCAAAGAGGAGGAAAUGGCUGCUGUCAAAGCCGCAGAGCACGAGGCACUGAUGGCUGCCCUAGGACACAGGAAUAUAAAGAGGCAACCGACUGGCCUGACCAAAGAGGACCUCGCAGAUGUUUACCGGAGGGAAGAGGUUGACGGUGAAGAGAGAGAUGUGGACCGUGUCUCAGGCUUGGGAAGCUCCAGUGCAGGAUCAAGGAAAAUGGUGCUCUCCCAAAAGGAAAAGGAGACAGCUAAAUUAGGCUUGCCUGUUUUUACACACCACAAAACGGAAGGUUGUCUGGAAACGUCGAUAUCAAAGACUUCUCCGACUGAAGAGAAGGGGGAUGUGGAGCCGCUGCACGAGAGCAAAAAGAAAAAGAAAGAGAAAAAAAGCAAGAAAGAGAAAAAGAAGAAGGAAAAAAAGAAGAAACGGCAAAGAAGAGACUCGUCCUCUUCGGACUCUGAUAACAGAAAAAGGCAGAGAAAGGACCACCAUCAUCAUAAUCCAUCAUACCACAGUCAGAGUGGAGCCAGACCCCAUGACAGCCAUUCAAGGGGGGGGGCAAAGGCCGAGCGACAGCCCUCCCACCCCCACCAUCGACGGCAGCGGCAUGACACAGACUCCUCUGAUGGGGGGUCUCCUGUCCCCCGUAACCCUGUCAGCCACAAGACGGCCCCUGCUGGUGGCACACAAAGCCACAGGCGGCGCCACGACACAGACUCGGACCACUGAUGUCCUUCCCACCCCCUCAAUUCCAAGACUCGUAACACGGACGGAAAGCUCUGUGGCGGCCUGACCGACCCCCCCCUUCCAAAAAAAAACCCCCCGAGACCCCCGAGCGCCCCAAACUGCCCAACAGACCGCAGGUGGAGAAAGGUCGACGUGUCUGACUCGCAAACUUUGGCCUUCAUGUUUUCUCCAUUCAUUAAGUUGGUGAAUUAGUCACGGGACACUGGUGGCCUCUGUUAUGUUGUUUGACAUUAAGUUUUUUUUCUUAAAACAUAUUUUAUGUGAUUUGAACCUCUAAAUGUUUCUAUCAAUAGUCACAGGCUUUGAAUUAGUUUUUUUGUAAAUUGCAAUGCACGGUAAAAUAUUUUUGCAAGUCAAACUGACCUUUUAUGAUUAUCUGGGAAUAAAUAUACAUUCCUCUUUUCUCGUAUAGUGGAAAUUACUCUCCUGAUCCUCCGCGAUUACCACUGCUUAAGUAAAAGAUCUCAAAAGACGGAUGCAAGAGAGUUGUCCUUUCAUAAUAAACAUUUCUAUUUCAAAAGCUA